UACCUAUUUUACGGCGAAUUCGGUUUAUCGAAACAAGCUGAUGGAAAUUAGAUCGGAUAUAACUGACGCAAUAAGAUACAAAAAAAUUGAACUUAAAUGCUGAAACCAAAUAGCGAAGGCAAUUGAGCGAAGAAGUAUUAACAAGUGUCAGUUGACUGCUGGCCAUUGUGAAAGACCAAGCCGGCUGCAAUCAAAGUUAUAUAAAGUACAAGCCUUGAAUUAUUGUGUAGAGUUGGAACCCAACGUCAAAAGGCAACGGUUUUUGCUCGGCUAACGUAAGGUGACAAACCAAAAGGACUACGUUGGACUAUGAUUCGUUUUUCUUUUUACCGAAUUUUCUAAUUAAAGUUUUUUUACUUUCAGACAAUUUCAUAAUGGCACUCAAAUUUGUGCCGAUAGUACUGGCUGUGUUGCAUGUGGUCGCUGCGAAGCCAGCAACGACAUUGCAAGAUUUAGAGGUAGCCGAUGAUACAAUGUCAGUUGGCUCCUACAUAAGGGAAACAAGAGCUGCAGCGCCACAAGAUUAUCACAAAUCAUAUGAAAACGAAGGUGACGGUGAGAUCGGAUAUUCCAGAAAGAAGUCGGGCGGCGGGAAAAAGGGUUAUCAGCAUUUCGACUCGUAUCACAAGAAAGCCGGUGACAAUUACGAGUUUGAGAAACAAGAUUCAUUCGGAUUAGACGGAAAGGAACAAGAUGGCGCGUAUAGUCACAGGGAUGAACAGGAACAAGAUGGCGCGUACAGCCACAGGGAUGAACAGAAAGUUCGGAAUCGCAAACCUCGCAGGCGUCCAGAUGAUGUCGAAGAAAUAGAACAAUUUGAGGAGGGCAGACCAGAAGUAGAACAUGAGGAUUUGAAGGAAGGCGCUCCUGACGGCAAUGGAGGGACCGAGGCUCACGGCCACGAUGUCAGGGACUAUACACUACCAGAAAAAUACACAUACGGUUCCGGUGAAGAAUAUAAUUUCUAAUUUAAAUACAUAGAAAAAUAAUAUUAAAAAUAAUUUUAUAAAUUUUAGACUGAAUAGAUAUUAGUCUGAAUUUCUAUAAUUGUUACUUAUUGAAUUUAUUGCUAUAACGCAAUUAUGAUUUUUUUUAAAUUAUUUUAUAUAGCUAGCUAGAAAGUAAGUGUUGUCUUAAAUGUAUUUUAAAAAUAACUGGAUUGACUUAAACAUAUUUUUAACGUAAUAAAUACUCGUGAUUAAGAGUCAAUUAUAAGCGAUCUAGUUAUUUUUACAAUUAAAACAAAAUAUGUACUUACUUAAAUGAAUUUUAACAAUAAAAUAAUAAUAAAAAUAAAUGUGUUAUAAAAAUUGCACUUUUGUAUUUCAAAGUAACAUCUUCAGAUAGAUCAGAAGUAAGAAGAUUUAUAGUCAACAUCCUAAUUGUUUUUAAUAAAAAAAAAAAAAACAGAAAUGCUAUUUUUGAUACUAUUUUUUUUUAUAUAUAUGGCACGGCAUAAAGUGCAUUCGGUAACAACAAAGCUACUAUUUUAGGAUGUUUUGUUUCUAUCAUGAUAUUUUUUUUUUAUUAAUGAAAAUAAAGUAGUACAUGUGGGGCCCUUGUAGAUUAAACCAGACGGGAUUCCA